UUUCUCAAAUCUGUGAACAGGACACUUUUUUAAAAAUGUCAAAAUAAACCAUCUGCUUGUACAACUGUUUCUAAUUACUUCCCUGCCUAGACUCUCCACUGGAGGAGUUUGGCACCCGCACCCGCCCAGAGUGGCUCCACUGCCCAAGUCUUCGCAGCCUCCAGGAGGAGCCCGGAACCUCUGAGCACGGGUGUCCUGAGUCCUUCUGCGUGGACAUCUGCUGGUGACACCCAUUCCUCCUGCUCCUCCCUUGGAGCAGUGCAGCUGGCCUGCCUGCCCUCCUGCCUGCAGAGCUCAGCAUGCAUCGACCAGGCUUCAGGAACUUCUUGUUGCUGGCAUCUUCCCUUUUCCUUGUUGGGCUGUCAGCUGCUUCUCAAAGCUUCUCACCAUCUCUGAGAAGCCUGUCGGGCGCCCCCUGCAGACUGUCCCGGGCCGAGUCCGAGCGCAGAUGUCGUGCACCUGGGCAGCCCUCAGGGGGCGCCCUGUGCCAUGGCCGUGGCCAGUGCGAGUGCGGUGUCUGCAUCUGUCAAGUGACGGAACCUGGCACCUACUUUGGGCCGCUGUGUGAGUGCCAGCAGUGGGUGUGCGAGACCUACGACGGGAAAACCUGCGCAGGCCAUGGUACUUGUGACUGCGGCAAGUGCAAGUGUGAUGUAGGAUGGUCUGGGGAAGCUUGCCAGUACCCAACCAAGUGUGACCUGACCAAAAAACUCAGCAACCAGAUGUGCAGGAACUCCCAAGAUGUUAUCUGCUCCAAUGCAGGUACAUGUCACUGUGGCAGGUGCAUGUGUGAUAAUUCAAAUGGAAGUGGACUCAUUUAUGGCAAAUUCUGUGAGUGUGAUGAUAGAGAAUGCAUGGAUGAUGAAACGGAAGAAGUAUGUGGAGGCCAUGGGAAGUGUUACUGUGGAAACUGUUACUGCGAGGCUGGUUGGCAUGGAGAUAAAUGUGAAUUCCAGUGUGACAUCACCCCCUGGGAAAGCAAGCGAAGAUGCACAUCUCCAGACGGCAGAGUCUGCAGCAACAGAGGAACGUGUGUAUGUGGUGAAUGUUCUUGCCAUGAUGUUGAUCCAACUGGAGACUGGGGAGACAUUCACGGGGACACGUGUGAAUGUGAUGAAAGAGACUGCAGAGCUGUUUAUGAUCGAUACUCUGAUGAUUUCUGUUCAGGUCAUGGACAGUGUAACUGUGGGAGAUGUGACUGCAGAGCAGGCUGGCAUGGAAAGAAGUGUGAGCACCCCAGGUCCUGCCCAUUGUCGCCUGAGGAGAGUGUCAGGAAGUGCCAGGGUGGCUCCAGUCUGCCUUGUUCUGGAAGGGGCAAAUGUGAAUGUGGCAGAUGCACCUGUUAUCCUCCCGGGGACACCAGAGUGUACGGCAAGACCUGCGAGUGUGAUGACCGGCAUUGUGAGGACCUGGACGGUGUGGUCUGUGGAGGCCAUGGCAUGUGUUCCUGUGGCCGUUGCGUUUGUGAGAAAGGAUGGUUUGGCAAGCUUUGCCAACACCUGCGAAAGUGUAAUAUGACAGAAGAACAGAGCGAGAGUCUGUGCGAGUCAGCAGAUGGCACACUCUGCUCCGGAAAGGGUUCUUGUCACUGUGGAAAGUGCAUUUGUUCUGCAAAAGAGUGGUAUAUUUCAGGGGAAUUUUGUGACUGUGAUGACAGAGACUGCGACAAACACGACGGUCUCAUUUGCACAGGGAAUGGAAUCUGUAACUGUGGAAACUGUGAAUGCUGGGAUGGAUGGAAUGGAAAUGCCUGUGAAAUUUGGCUUGGCACCGAAUAUCCUUAAUAAUCCCACGGGAGACAACUGGAUUCUUAUUUCUAGGCCAUUUUAGAAAUCCAGAGGAAAGCAUGCAUAUGUAGCACCAGGACAGACCAUUGUGUUUUCUAUUUCUGAUUGCCUAAAUGAAGCAGUGGUCUUCAUUAGAAAUGAUUUUAGCAAACUGAUAUAAUUACACCAUAAAGAAUUGUUCUUCCAUAAUUGGCAUCAAUGUUUCUCAACUGAAGAGGGCAGUUUCCAACCCACAAGACAUUGGGCAAUGUCUGCAGAGAGAGGUGUAGUCAGAUGGGGUAAAAAUAGGUGUGUUGUGGACAUUUUAGAGGUAGUGGCCACAGACAAUGCUGAACACCUACAGAACAUAGAAAAGCCCUCACACAGAGUGUUUCCUGACAUCCAGUAUUUACCAAGAUGUAGUAGAAAAAUGCUAAGUCACAUAGUAUUUAGUACUCCACAUCCCGACACCGGAAACACUGUAUCAGAAUAUAAGAAUAAUAUUUAUUCUCACAUAAACCAAUCAAUCAGUUUUUUCCAGGAUUCCAUAUGGCUCUGAAUUUGCAUGUGGGGACAAUGAUGACAGACACACAUGAGGUGUGGUGGUAGGCUGGGGCUUACCAAAUCACAAGGGCUUUAAACUCCCGAGAAUCUCAUAGAGGGAGAAACGAGAAAUGUACAGUUUGACAUUUUGAUAGUGACAUAAGUUGUUUAUAUUCUGUGUCAACAUCUAUUUACUCACGGAAAACAAACAAGACUUAAAAAAUGAAUUGGAAUAUCCACUUUAUAUCCCAGGAACUAACAGGUCUUGUUUUUAAAACUAGGAGUGCGUUACAUGUGCAAGAAAUUUGAUUUUUCAUAUUUAAAUUAGUUCAUAUAAUUAGUUCUGAAGAAGACAGUUAGAAACACAAGGCUCCUCAUACUGCAUUCAUUGUCCUUAAAAAGACUUCCUCAAAGAAAUGGUGGGGCUAACAAGAAUGACAUCUACUUCAGAAGUUCAGAAAAGGACCCCAAAAUUCUAGAAAUGGCUUAAAUCAAAAUUACAAAUAUUCACUCAGUGAUAGGAACAAAAUGUUUAUUUUCUUGGUGAAAUUUUCCUCUGUAUGAAAUUCACAUUUAAUUAUGAAAAUGUACAAUAUUUGGGGUUCUCUUGCAUUUAUACACUUAAAUCUACUUAUACACAUAAUUGAAUCAACCAUUAUUUAUAGCUAAAAAAAAUACCUUUACCCUAAAUGUGAAUUAUUUGUAAAAUCCAAAAAUAACAUAGCAAAAUCAUUUCUGUAUUAUUUUAAGGUGAAAUUUUACUUGCAAAUUUUAUAUUAAUAAUGUAUUUUAGAAUCAUGGCUUGGACUUUAUUAGGUAAGUCACCAAAAGUAAAGAGAACAUGCCUCCACUGUGUUACUUAUAAAACUAAAUACUGAAAAGUAUUUGAAGAGUCAAUUUUACUGGUGCUGGUUUUAUAAUAAUAAUAAGUUUCUCAGAAUUUAACCUAUUUAUAAAAUUGUUGCCUCUAUCCUGAGAUUAGGGGACCCAGAAAUAUCAGUUGUAUUUCUAUUACUGAGCUGGUAAUCAAUGCCAUUUUUGUAAAAUGAGGGAAAUAUAAGGAGUUAAGGUAUAAUAUGGAUGAUUGCAUUCUUUCCACUUCUCUAUAUCUUCAUUCUCUCUAUAUACAUUUUAAGCCAGAAAAAAAAAACCAAUUAUAAUAAUUCAACAGCAGCUCCGAUGAUAUGUUUGGUGACUUUCAAACAUGAAUCAUUGACUGUCCCUUCAUGGUGCAAUGACCUUCAGCUCUUCUUACUGCAAGACUUAGACUUCCAUAAAGGUCUGGACAAUAUGUAUUAGAGAAACCACUGUGGGAUCUGCUGCUUUAAUUGUUUAAUAUUUUAGAACUGUAAUGAAUAAAUAAAAAUUCAUCCUGAACUCUCAGGCUAUACCUAA